AUGUUGCAGAGACACCUAGCUCUAGCAACAUUGCCCUAUCUCUCUAUCAUCCUCUACGUUUUCUUCAUCCUCUUCAGUGUCCGCAUAAAAUCGCCUCUUCUAUCUCCCUCCAACACCACCAUCGCCCUUAACAAAACCCAUCGUCUACACCAUCGAUUCACACUCUUGAUCGGAAUCCUUACCCGUGCAGACUUGUAUGAUCGCCGCCACUUCCUCCGCCUUGUCUACGGAAUCCAGUCCUCUCCCAUAGCCGAUAUCGAUGUCAAGUUUGUAUUUUGCAGUCUCACCAAGCCCGAACAAAGGGUUCUCGUAGCUCUUGAGAUCAUGCGGUUUAAUGACAUCAUCAUCCUCAACUGUUCCGAAAAUAUGAACAACGGCAAAACUUACACGUACUUCUCUUCGCUCCCCCGCAUCGUUCCAAGCCGUUACGACUACGUCAUGAAGGCUGAUGACGAUGUUUACAUCCGGCUUGCACCGCUGGCAUUGUCGCUCAAACCAUUACCAAGGAUAGAUUUGUACUACGGCUUUGUCAUUCCUUGCACUAGCUUGAACCCGUUUGUGGGUUACAUGUCGGGGAUGGGUUUUCUGUUGUCUUGGGACCUUGUUGAGUGGAUUGGGAAUUCAGGUAUUCCUGUAAAUGACACAUUUGGACCAGAGGAUAAGCUGGUUGGAAAAUGGCUAAACAUGGGGAACAAGGCAAAGAACAGGUUUUCGAAUAAGCCUGCAAUGUAUGACUAUCCAGGAACUAAUGGAAGGUGCUCACAUGAGCUUAUUCCAGAUACUGUGGCAGUUCACCGUCUUAAGAGAUGGGAUCACUGGUUUAAUGUACUGAAUUUUUUCAAUGUAACAGAGGAACUUAAGCACUCGAAACUCUACAAUGUAUAAUUCAAUUUCUAAGGCAAAAAGUAGAGUUUUGAGUGAGGGUAUUGUUUGGAUGUCCUAAAUAGGUGCAUUUUUGACUUUUUGGACUAAAAAGUAAAAGAAAAAAAAAUAAUUGUUUAGGAUAACUUUUUGUCUUUUUAUAAAAAAAUGUGUAUUAAAAUAUUAUAUAAAAUAGCAAGAUUACGUUUUUACCCUUAUGUUCUAGACUCAUCAGUGACAGUGCUGCAGAAGGACCAUACGGAAUGGUUGAAAUGGUGAGAAGCAUUUGAACCAUAUGCAUAUGGAGCAUGAGGCUUCACGGGUAUUGUUGGGCCCGUGGGGGCCCACCACAGGUCUUGUUUCGAUAAUCUAAACCGUUUAAUGUGUAGAACUCGUUGAGUACUAUAUGCCUGUAAAAAAUCACUUUGAUUAAAUAUCGAUAGCUAUGUGAUCAAAACAGUUUUGUAUGAGAAAAAUGGACGAUGAAAAAUAAGCAACUGGAAAAAAUCCAAUUUGAUCACAUAACUAUCCAUAUCCAAUCAAUGUGAUUUUUUUCAGGCAUAUAAUACUCGAUAAGUUCUACAUAUUCAAUGG